AUCAAUGUGUUUCCACUCAGCCGAAGAAAAAGUUGAUGAUAAAUACGAGACAGACAUAUGCAUCGAUCCCAUUUCAAUAUUUAACGCCUAUAUUCAAUUAUAACUUCUAUUUCCUCUAAAUACACAUUUUGCGGUUUGGUUGCUCCGAUAGAAAGCGUAGAAGUUCCUCGUUUCCGAAAGGAAAGUCAUUUCUGGCGUUCUUGUGAAGUGAAAAUACCCCGAAAAAAUACGUAAGAUGUUCAGCCCGAAGCCGCCAGAGUACAAGGAGUUCGAAGAUGACCGCUACCUCUUCAACGAACAGUCCAUACGAAAGGCCUUCAUCAGGAAGGUCUACCUCAUCCUCAUGUUCCAAAUGAUCGUAUCCGUGGGACUCAUAGCGUGGUUCAUGUACGACGAACCUUUAAGAUUUUACGUCGAAACCAACAUCUGGCCCAUGAUCACCGCCAUGGUGGUCACGUUCGUGGUCAUCAUCACGCUGGCGUGUUGUGGAGACGUCAGGAAACAAUUCCCUCUCAACCUGAUCCUCCUCGGGGUGUUUACAGUGGCUGAAGGCUUCAUCCUGGCCACCCUGUCUGCCAUGACCAACUCUAAGAUAGUCCUGAUGGCAGUUGGGAUAACAGCUGUGGUUUUCCUGGGGCUAACACUGUUCUCCUUCCAAACCAGAUGGGAUUUCACGAUGAGCGGUGGUAUCCUGAUGGUCUGUCUGAUAGUCCUCGUGGUUUUCGGUUUGAUCGCCAUGAUCUUCCCUGGUAGGACCAUCAUCUUGAUCUACUCCUCGAUAGGAGCCCUGAUUUUCGGUUGCUACAUGGUGUACGACACGCAGAUGCUGAUGGGUGGCGAUCACAAGCUCGCCAUUUCACCUGAAGAGUACAUAUUUGCCGUUCUGGCCCUGUACCUCGACAUCGUCAACUUCUUCGUCUCCAUCUUGACCAUUUUGAACGCCUCACGCCGCUGAAGGCCACAAGGAAAACGACUUGUAAGUUCGUCGUUAACACGGAGAAGGAUUCAAACUAUAUUUCGUCAUUGUGAACUAUGAAUUCGUUUUAGAUAAGUGUUAGGUACGUCAAAUUAUACCUAUAGUGUUUCAUAUUUUUGAUUUUUCGUUCGGUUAUGUUGAUGUUUGUAUAAUCUCUUGAGAACUAUGAUGUCGAUGAUGUUCGAAUUGAAUAAAAGUAUUGAAAACC